CCAGCAAAUUCCUUUCUCUCUCCUCACGCGCCGCCGUGCCGGUGCCGGUGCCGUUGCGUCGCUUUUGCUGCUCGCCUUUGUCUCGCUCUCGAGCUGGCAUUCUCGUUCCGGCACGCUCCCUCACGCCUCACGCGCAGCUCUGUCUCCACUCGCCACUGCCACCAUGCCACUGCCAUUGCAACCGCCCCGCCGCUGCCAUUGCACACGCGCGCGCGCCGGCGACGAAGGAAGGAUCCCUGAGUGACGGGAGAGGAGACGCCGGGCCCAUCAGCGCGCCCCCAUUGCGUUGCGUGGCGCAUUGCGCGCGAGGUGUUCGUGGAAAGGCCCGGGAGGGAAGACGAUGAUGCGGGACCUGGGCUGCUUCGGGGACGCCAGCGUCCAGAUCGCCGACGCGGCGUCCUCGUCCUCGGGCACCGGCGGCGGCGGCCGCGGCAAGGCCCCCGCGGCGGCGCGGAGCCGGGUCACGUGCCUCUACCACGCGCGGCUCGCCGGCCGGCCCUGCGAGCUCUCGGUCACGUGGACCAGGGCCGGCGGGCUCGCGGGGCAGGCAGCGGCGGUCAGCGUCGUCGCCGUCGACGCCGCGUCCGGGGACCGCCUGUGCCGGGCCGACAUCAAGCCGUGGCUCUUCGCCAAGCGCAAGGGCUCCAAGAGCCUCGACGUCGCCGCCGCCGGCAGCACCAAAGUCGACGUGCUCUGGGACCUGUCCGGCGCCAGGUUCGGCCCCGCGCCCGAGCCGCUGGAAGGCUUCUACGUCGCGGUGGUGUGCGGCGGCGAGAUGGUGCUCCUGCUCGGCGACAUGAGGAAGGAGGCGUACCGCAAGACGGGCGCCGGCCGGCCGGCCGGCGACGCGCUGCUCGUGGCCAGGCGGGAGCACGUUGUCGGCAAGAAGGUCUUCUCCGCCAAGGCUCAAUUCUGCCACCAUGGCCGGUGCCAUGACAUCGUGAUAGAGUGCGACACUGCCAGGGCGAACGACCCUUGUCUUGUGAUCCACAUCGACAGGCGGCCGGUCAUGCGGGUGAGGCGGCUGCCAUGGAAGUUCAGAGGGAACCAGACGAUUCUGGUGGACGGGUUGCCUGUGGAGGUGCUCUGGGAUGUCCAUGGCUGGCUCUUUGGCCCGGCGGCGGCGACCAGCGCGGUGUUCAUGUUCCAGACAUGCCAAGCGCCUGAGAAGUCCAUGCCGUGGGCGUACUUGCAGAUUUUUAAGGAGCAUCAGUUGCAAGGGCAUGGUUUCUCCUUGAUAAUACAUGCAUGGAAGGUUGAGUAGGAGUGUGCAGGAGUAAGUCCAAAUCAGGGUAUGUCCAAUUGAUUGGACCAAUUGCAACAUACUGUGUGGAUAUAUAUCAAGUAGAUCUUCUACAAGACAGAGGGUAUGAUGGACAUACAUCAUGCUUCAGUCGACAAAUGGCAACAGAAUUUAAAAACGUAUUCAGAAUGCUCCACUAAUUUCUCACUGGCGGUUUAUUCCUGUGGAGGAUAGCUGAGGACCUAAGGUGUUACCUUUGCAUAAUCAAAGAUGACUUCUUCUGACCACUAGUUGCCCUUCCUGAUACGAUCUUACUUCACAGGCAAAUCAAGAAUUGAGCCUCUUGCAUAACCAAACGCUCAAUCUGCUCGGUUGGAGUAUCUACCUUGGAGUCACUGAAUUAAGGUUGAAGUUGUUUGAUUGAAUGUGUAUCCUACAUAUUCUUCGUCAGAUCAUCUUAAAGCAUAUUUGAAACAUGCUAAAUUCAUACACAAUAGGAUCGUUGUUAUCACUGCUAAUAUGGCCAGAGCAAAGUUUGGCUACAUAAUCAGCUGCGGAGCUGCCUGAAGAUGGAUUUUCUUAAAUUCUAAUUAGUCUGUUUGAUGUGUCUGACCUGUUUUUCAUUCAUGUAACUAGACAUCCUAAAAUUCAGUUAGCUUCUUAUAUUUAAAAGUUCUGAUCAAGUUCAUGAUUAAGUCACUGAAGAAACUGUAUGACCAUCUCGGAUCCUGACAUUUGAAACGGACAGGCUAACUGACUGCAGUGAUUAUAUAAUGGUUGCCAUGGAACAGGAUUCAAAUCCAAUAAUGUUUGUAAAGUUUUUGGUAGCGCUAGCCUGAAGUACAGAAUUCUUCAUAGAUCAUACUGUCUCAGUAGUUGUAUCUAGAUUCUAGACAUCAUUUUCCAGAGAAGCGACUACCAGAUGGUAGCAUAUAAGAAUGAUUCUGCCCAUGCAGUUGUUAUCUCAGGAUCUUGUUACUACU